GGCGGGGGGAGGGGCACCAGGCCGACCCGGCCAAUCAGCGCUGCCCGCCGCGGGCCCAGCCCCUCCUGGAGGGCGCGCUCGCAGGACUCCCUUUCCCACUGCUGGUUAACGCGCCGCCUUGGACGGGGCGUACUGCCCCCGCGCGCGGCUGCUGAUCGACCCCAGGCGUGGAGGUGCAGCUACUGCUUCUGCAGCCUCUGCUUCUCCCGCGGCAGUUUCGGACUUGAGUUUGGAGAGACGUGGCAACUUUCUUUACAGCUAGCCUGAGGAGGCGAUGGGCCGUUCUCGGGGGGCCCGCGGGGAGGCGGCACCGUGAGCGUCCUCGGGUGCGGAGAUCGGUGCCUCGACUUGGAUGCGCAGGCUUGGCUGCCGGCUGUAGUCGAGUUUUCCAAGCUAAGAUAAUUUUUUAGGACUGCAGAAAUGGUUGGUCCUAGCUACAAAUGGGAAUUUGGAGUCACUCUGAAAUACAUCCUGAAGUAAUUGUAUUUGACUGGAACGAAAUCUUAUGAAGUCUCCAAGGAUGAGAGUCUGUGCUAACUCGGUGUUGCUGUCACACUGGCUGUUGCUGGCCUGCCUGUUAAUCGUGUGCUGUAAGCUGAUGUCUGCCUCGAGCCAGCAUCUCUGGGGACACGCAGGUCACCACCAAAUCAAACAGGGAACCUGUGAAGUGGUUGCUGUGCACAGGUGCUGUAAUAAGAACCGCAUAGAAGAGCGAUCACAAACAGUCAAGUGUUCUUGCUUUCCGGGACAGGUUGCUGGCACAACUCGGGCUCAGCCUUCUUGUGUGGAAGCGUCUAUCGUGAUUCAGAAAUGGUGGUGUCACAUGCAUCCGUGUUUGGAAGGAGAGGAUUGUAAAGUGCUGCCAGAUUACUCAGGUUGGUCCUGUAGCAGUGGCAACAAAGUCAAAACUACCAAGGUUACACGGUAGCAGAGAGAGGUGUGCUUCAAUCCCGGAGGAGCUACAAGACACAGCACUCUCUUGUUUGGAUUACUGGCCUGGUCUCUUUGUGGAAAACUGUCUUGGAUUCCCAGCAACAUUAUAUGUGCAUACGUGUGCUGUGAGGAGUGGCGUUCACUUACCGGUCCCAGCCCUCUGUGCUUCAUGAUUUUAUGACAUUGAAUUAUAACCACAGGCUGCCACACAAUUGACAUCCUAUCUGGAUCCCAAGGAACAUACCUCUAAGAAAUCCUGGAGGAACAAAACAUAGACUUCAGAAUGGAUUGCCACUAAAGGAAUGUUGGGUCUUCAUUUCUUUCUGCCUUUACAAAGAAAUGUGGACAUAGGUUUCACAGGGUCCUCAUGCAUUUCCUCUUUUGAACUUUUCCUUUAGCCCUUGCAUUAAAGUGGUUUGAAAGGGAUCUAAAUAACAAAACAUUUUUGCAAAACAUAUUUAUGGAUGUAGGUUAAUGAAUUCUGAUAAACUGGUAAUGAAAAUUUAUUUUAUAAACCUUGAAGAAUAGCAGGACUUAUUGAGGUUAUUGUGUGUGAAUUUUAUUUUUCCUUUUGAUGAAUUAAAAUUUUUGUAUUUUAAUUUCCAUUGUCAGGUUAGCAGAAAUAAAAUGUGAACAUUUUAACUUCAGUGUACCAUUUUGCUGAGUGCUAAGAAAGCCUAUCAACUUCAAUAUUUUAUAACCAAAGCUCUAUCAUGACAUAUUCACACAAGAAAUAAAACCUGUUGGGAUUUUUAUGGCUAAUGUGUAGUCAUAGAAGUAAGUAAUUUAAAAUAGAAAAUUAUCUCUGUUUAGAUCAAGGGUGAUUUCUUAGAUCCAGUUUAUGUCAAUUAUACUAAAAUAUUUUGUUACUUGUAGACAAGAGUCUUGAAAUGCUGAAUUUUUAGACUGUAAAAGAUUUAUUCUUAACUUAGCUCUUUACCUGCUUAUUUGUUAAUCAUUUUAUUUCUUUAAAUGUAAGUAAAAUCUGAGACUUUUUUUCUUGGCUUAAUGAUUUUUGUAGCAGAUGUGUCUUCGCAUAUUCUCAGAAAGCUGUCAUGCAGAAAUAUAUUACAGAUGAAAAGCAACCGACCCAGAUUUUAAAUGCAUAAUGUUAUUAAAACACAUACUACUAUAAUAAUAUGGGAUAGAUUUUAUAUUAUAUAUAGUAAGAAAUGCCCAAAGCUUACUUUUUGCACUAUUAUCCCUGUCCCCUUACAAUUAUGGGGAUUAUAUUACUAUAAUGUUUAUAGUAGUAACAAUUACAUCUACUUGAUUGUAUUCUUGCAAAAGGAAUGGAAAUAGGUGAUAUCCAUUUGUUUGCUAAGUUUUGUUUGAAUUUGACUGAUUGGAUGUUUAUGAGAAUUAUUUCUUUUAGUAAGUAAAAAAUUCAUUCUGCUGAUGGCAUACUGUAAGUUUUUGUGAUUAUUUUAUUACCUUGUGUUAACAUCCCAGGCUUGCAAAUUUUAAAUGCAAAAGUGAAAAAUAACUUAAAAAAUAAUAUUUAACUUUGGGGAUGUGAACUAUAAGGAAAACUUGAGACUUAAAUAUAAAUUGCUACUUUAUUUCUUCUCCCAAACCAUGUAGUAUUAAGGAGAUAAAAUCUAGGGGGUUUAAUUAAGUUUAAAACAUUCAUGAUGUUUAAUGUAUACUCUAUUGCCUUUAGUAUAAGACCUUCCAUUUUAAGAAGAGAAUUAAAAAACAAUAACUAGGGACCGGCCAGUGGCGCAAUGGUUAAGAGCUGACUUG